AUGGACAAAUCUUCAACAAAAAACAAAUUGAACAAGUAUUUAUUCACAAAGACUGUUGAUAUUAAGAGCAAACGCAAAGAUGACAAAGAUCACAACAAAGAUGACAAAGAUCACAACAAAGAUGAUGAAACAGUUGAAAUAAAAAGAAAAACUGUUGAUCAGAAUACUUUCAUUAAUAAUGAUAAUAAUCUAUAUAAUAGUACAUUGGUGGACACUUAUACCAAAACAAAUUACCAGAAUGAAUCAAACACAUCUUAUUCAAGCAUUCUAGGUAAAGAAGAUAUUGACAUACAUCCUGAUGAUCCAACAAAUCCAGUUCCUAAAAAUAAAGUUGAGUUCAAACAAAGAGUUUUAAAAGGACCGUAUCAACCAGUAAAUAUAAAUUUUCCAAGAAGUACUUUUGAUAAUAGGUAUCGAAGCUUUCAAAAAUCAUGGUAUCAGCUAUAUCCUUGGUUAGAAUAUAGCCCUAAAACAGACGCUGCUUAUUGUUUCGCUUGUCGGAUGUUCAGUGGUUCUGUUGGGUUAAAUGCUGGACAAUCUGAUGGAGCUUUUUCAAAAUCUGGUUUUUAA